AUGGAGAGUAUUAACUCUCGACUCGCUCUGGUGAUGAAGAGUGGAAAGUAUACACUUGGACUUAAAUCUACUCUCAAAACACUGCGACAGGGCAAGGCAAAGCUGGUCAUCAUUGCCAACAACACACCUCAGCUCAGGUAAUGUUUAUAGCUGGUAAUAUAUAAUCAGAGCACUACUGGAAGGUAGUGCUGUAUCACUUGUGACAAAAUUCUAUGAUGGGUUCUAAAGGUUGUGCAGCUGGAUUAUGUUGCCAUUAACAGAGAUAUGAGAAAACAUUCAUCAUGGCUGUAAUGGAGAAAGAUGAAGAUCUAUCAUGACCAGUGAUCUAUUGACACCUGACUUAUCAUUGCAACUUUAAGAUAUUAGGUCAUUAUUAUUUUCUCUGCACUGGCAGUUUUUUCAAGAAUUGUUUACAAGAGCUGGUAUCUCUAAUAGUUGCCUUGACGUUCGUUAUGUUUGAACAAAUUCGGUGAGAGCAUUAUAAAGAAUGUCUUGUACUAAAUUUUUGAGGUUGAAAGUACAGUAAACACUGAAUGAUCCUUGCUAACAUUAACAUAGUCUGUGCUUAAAUUUGAGAAGUAUUGCCCCAAAGAAUAAAAAUUUUCAAGCCAAAUUGUAGAGUGUUAACACAGAUUAAGCAAAAACACUAAGAGUUUUUGAAUUUUUUUGAACUUUUGGUCGUCAAAGUUGUUACCAAAGUGGUGAGUUUCACUGCAAUUUUAGUUGCCAAAUUUUUUUCCUACUUGCUGUGGUGAUCAAAACAGUCACAGCUUAAAAUGCUGCUUAUGAAGAUUGCCCAAGAGUUAUUUUUUAGGGGUGCCUAUUGGGGAAAUUUUAACUAUUGCAAUUGUAUUGCAAUAGGUCACACGGAAAUUGCGGCAGUGGAGGUACUAUUGCAAUAGUUUUCAGCCUUCCCUUUUUUGUUUGCAACAAUACAAAAUUGGCUGCCAUGUUUGAAGUUUGAAUGAACCUCAGCAAUUUAACAUUAGACUCAAAGCUGUUCAAGAAUCAAGAUACUAAAACAUUCUAGAUGUAGGUGCAGUGGGAUAGUAGAUUGUUUUUAGUUUCUUUUUUUACUGUUAUUGAGACCUUGAGAAUCAAAGAUGGGUAAAAAGAGUAUCUUUAUUUUCCAAAGAAGUUAAAAUGGUAGAAGUUUAGAAACUAUCAAAACUAUUGAUAGUUCGCUACACUAUCACGAUUGUUAUCAAUGUUUUAUUUUUACUAUCAAUCCAUUGCUAUUGCAGCGUUAAUAUCGGAUGCAUUGUUACAGCCUUAUUAUUUUUAUGUAGGUUCUGUUAAUCAUGGUCUGUAUCAUGAAAUCUUCAAGAGUUACCUUUUAGAUAAAACAUCUAAAUAAACAACAGCCAUUUAAAUUAUUCAUUGGUCUUAUGUUUGAAUGGUAAUAAAAUUGGAGCUUCUGGCCUUUCUUCGGGGAAAUAAAGUGUUUUGUUUUUUACCUUAGUUCACAAGUCUUGUGAGAAUGAUUUCCAUGAGUACAAGCCCUAAGAUUUCACAGUAACGAUCAUUUUGGUACUCAUUGUUCUCCUUACCAGGCGGCUACCAAUAAAAUUUACCGCUUGAAGCAACACUUCUUACCUCCUCAACAAAUGAGGUGUUAAUAAAAUUAAAGACAUGUAGGUUGUUUCAAAAAAUACACAAGUUGUGAUCCAAGCCGAUCCUCACAGGAAAAGGAAGUAAAUACGGAAAAUCAAAAAGUAUACACAGCUCUUCUCUCUGAUUACUUUAUUUAAAUGCUGAAUGGUACCUUUCAAAGCACUGGAGGCUAACAAUCUUUUCAUGGGCCUCUGUCCCAAUUCUAGACUUUCUUGACCAGCAGGAAAGUUUGCGACUUCCGCAACUUGUGUUACUCAAUUGACCCUAGUGGCAAAGGCAGCCUUCAUUCAUAAAUUCUUUGUUUUGAGGUGUUUGAAAUACUUUUCGGUCAAUUGAUUGACAGGAUGCUCAAAAAUAAAAGCCUUUGUAAACGCAAACCUCCCCCUUCCCGCCAGGAGAGCGCACGUCUGCCACAUAUUUUUAGCCUUACUGGUCAAAAAUGGUCCCUUACCUGCUGAACUAAAAUUUAGGGAGAACACUGGGUACUGUGUCAUUACUCUGUUCUGAAAAAUAACAAAAACAACUGUCCCCGUUGCCAUUUUUCAACUUUUGUUUAAAAAUUAUAAUUAAGUAACCGUACUCAAAUUCUUUUUUAUUAUAGCAAUAUAGUCAGUAUAUUAAUUUUAUUGCAGCCCAUGUCUUCCACCCAUAUCAUUCCUCAACUUUGUCGCAUUUAAUUAAGCUAAUGCACAUUCUUCUUCCAUCAUGUCUGGAAAGAUCCUUGAUUACUUGUAUCACAAAGAAGGAAAAUAAGUAGCUCAAAUGUUUUUGAUUAAUAUCCUGCUUGCAUUUGAGGUUUCCAAUGUUUUGAGGUUAAUAAUUCUGUAUUUAUUUUGCAGGAAAAGUGAGAUUGAGUACUAUGCCAUGUUGGCAAAGACUGGAGUUCACCAUUAUACCGGCAACAACAUUGAACUGGGUACAGCUUGUGGCAAGUACUUCCGUGUGUCCGUCCUUAGUAUUACAGAUCCUGGUGACUCAGAUAUCAUUCGGUCUAUGCCCUCCGAACAGCAGUCUCAACCACAAUCGUCAUAA